UUCACACUUGCUUUUAAAAUAUUCCUCUUUGACUAUGAAAUUGGCAAACAAGGAUUUAUACCAACUCUUUAAGGAUGCUGGACUUGAUUUGAAAGCCCUCACACUGCGUCGCAAAAUUGAAAUAAUCUCGGUUUAUUUUACAUGGAUGCGUCUGCUUAUGACUACUUGGCAGAUGAUAACCUAUUGCUUGAAUGGAAUUAUUUUAAUGAUCCAAACCGUACAAUUGUGGAUGGUCUAUGGCUGCGAAGUGAUCAUUAACUAUUGAAAGAUUUAAUGGUGGCAGUAAUUUCAAGGCUUUACAAUGAAUUUUGUGUAAACAAAGGGUUUCACCAAACUUUACUUAAUAAUAAA